CUUUUUUUCUUGGUGCACCGGAAAGAGGCGGUCCUCUUUCUUUGCCUAGCGCAGCCAUGGCUCGUGGUCCCAAGAAGCAUCUGAAGCGUGUAGCAGCUCCAAAACAUUGGAUGCUGGAUAAACUCACCGGUGUGUUUGCUCCUCGGCCAUCUACCGGUCCCCACAAGCUGAGAGAAUGUCUCCCUCUCAUCAUUUUCUUAAGGAACAGACUUAAGUAUGCUCUAACAGGAGAUGAAGUAAAGAAGAUCUGCAUGCAGCGGUUUAUUAAGAUUGAUGGCAAGGUCCGAACCGAUAUAACCUACCCUGCUGGUUUUAUGGAUGUCAUCAGCAUUGACAAGACUGGAGAGAAUUUCCGCCUGAUCUAUGACACCAAGGGCCGCUUUGCUGUUCAUCGUAUUACACCUGAGGAGGCCAAGUACAAGUUGUGCAAAGUGAGGAAGAUCUUUGUGGGCACAAAAGGAAUCCCUCAUCUGGUAACCCAUGAUGCUCGCACCAUCCGCUACCCUGAUCCCCUCAUCAAGGUGAACGACACCAUUCAGAUCGAUUUGGAAACUGGCAGAAUUACUGAUUUCAUCAAGUUUGACACUGGUAACUUGUGCAUGGUAACCGGAGGUGCUAACCUGGGAAGAAUUGGCGUGAUCACCAACAGGGAGAGGCACCCUGGUUCUUUUGACGUAGUUCAUGUGAAAGAUGCCAAUGGCAACAGCUUUGCCACCCGGCUCUCCAACAUUUUUGUAAUUGGCAAAGGCAACAAACCAUGGAUUUCCCUACCCCGUGGAAAGGGUAUCCGCCUCACCAUUGCUGAAGAGAGAGACAAGAGACUGGCGGCCAAACAGAGCAGUGGGUGAAGUGAGCUCUAGGUGACAUGAUUGGAAAAGUCUUUGUACUUAAUUAAAGAUAAUACAGCAUGA